AUGAGAAGCCAAGAUGGCAGCAACUUCAUUCACAUACUUGAAUGGCUAAUUCCCAUCAUUGAAAGUGGUGAUAUGCAAAGGAUUAUGGAUCCUAGGUUACAAGGAGAAUUUGACAUCAACUCGGCUUGGAAAGUGGUGGAGAUUCAAAGGCCGGACAUAAAUCAUGUAUUGGCAGAGUUGAAGGAGUCUUUGGUGAGCAAAUCAAGUGGUUCUUUUGAAGUGACCUCUUCAGAGAUCUAUUGUGAUAGUGUCCCCAUGGCAAGACUGAACGUGAAUGAUGAACCGAAGACGGACUAUGUUGGAGCUGAACUUAUUCAGACGGUGUUCGACCUUAAAACUAAAUCUAUUCUGAAGCCGAACCGGUGGACAGUAGAUUUACCGCCGACCAAUGAUGCCAUAUCAGUGCCAUGGGCACCACCAAAGAUAUGGAUUGUGUACUUACAUUUCAUGGAGAUUGAGAGACUGAGUGUCCUGCAAAGGGAAUUCACAGUUUCCUUGAAUGAUAAUCAAUUCACGGAGACGGUGAGCCUUGAAUACUUAAAGCCAGUGGUUGUAGUUUCCCGUCCAGUUAAUGGGCCACUCAUUACCCUCUUGAUUAAUUCGACGAAUAAGUCUGGAAAUCCACCGAUCCUCAAUGCCAUGGAGUUCUAUAGCGUUGUUGAUCUUCCAAAUGUACCCACAGCACAAGAUGAUGUGAAAGCUAUCAACGACAUCAAAGCAAGGUAUCACAUUAAGAGAGGAAGCUGGCAAGGUGAUCCGUGCGUACCAAGCAAUUACACAUGGGAUGGUCUAAACUGUAGCUAUGGAAAUCCUCCAAGGAUUAUAUCCCUGAAAUUGAGCUCUAGCAAUUUGAUGGGCGACAUAGCCUCAUCACUUUCGCAUCUAUCAACAAUGGAAUACUUAGAUUUGUCCAACAAUCAGCUUACAGGAGUGAUACCAGAAACUCUAGCUGAAUUACCACAUCUCAGCUUUCUAAAUUUAAGUGGAAACAACCUGAAUGGAUCAGUUCCUGAAGCUCUCAAGAAAAGAGUUAUGGACAAUACUUUAAACAUGAGUUUGAUAGGAAACGUGCAUCUUUGCCUGGCUGAUCCUUGCCCACAUAAGAAGAAACAAAAGACCAUACUUGUUACAGUUGUUACAACAGUUUUAGGCUUUCUGGGGGCUCUAUUUGGUGCCUUGGCAAUUAUUUGGUUAAUCAAAUGGAAACGGACCUGUUCUAAAACUGGCAAGGCAUUUGAACAAAUACCAGAAUCUAGUGAGAGGACACCGAGACUAAAGAACCGACCUUUUGAGUAUAGAGAGAUCUCAAAAAUCACUGGUAACUUUGGACAAGUGAUUGGUAAAGGUGGAUUUGGAAAGGUAUAUCUUGGCACACUGGAUAACGGCACCGUAGUUGCUGUGAAGAUGCUCUCUAAAUCAUCCGAGCAAGGGUACAAGGAAUUUCAGACUGAGGCACAGCUAUUAGCAAUUCUACACCACAAAAAUUUGGUUUCCCUGUUUGGAUAUUGUGAUGAUUCCAAGCACAAGGCAUUAGUAUAUGAAUACAUGGCUAAUGGAAAUUUAAGGCAACAUUUAUCAGAGGACCAUUCGAAGAUCUUGACGUGGAGUAAGAGACUACAAAUAGCUGUGGAUGCAGCACAAGGUUUGGAUUAUUUGCAUAACGGUUGUAAGCCACCCAUCAUCCAUAGAGACUUGAAGACUUCAAACGUCUUGUUAACUGAAGACUUCCAAGCCAAAUUAGCUAAUUUUGGCCUGUCAAGAGCUUUCGCAUCUGAAAAUGACUCUCAUGUGUCAACUUGCCCGGGCGGCACCUUUGGCUACCUCGGCCCCGAGUUUCAAUCUUUUGGAAACCGUGACAAGAAGAGUGAUGUUUACAGUUUCGGAAUUGUACUCUUUGAGUUAAUCACGGGCCAACCUGCAGUAAUGAGAAGUCGGGAUGGCAGCGACUUCAUUCACAUACUUGAAUGGCUAAUUCCCAUCAUUGAAAGUGGUGAUAUCCAGAGGAUUAUGGAUCCUAGGUUACAUAGAGAAUUGAACACUAACUCAGCUUGGAAAGUGGUGGAGAUUGCUAUGUCUUGUACACAACCAACGGCGAUUCAAAGGCCAGACAUAAAUCAUAUAUUGGCAGAGUUGAAGGAGUCAUUUGUGAGCAAAUCAAGCUGUUCUUUUGAAGUGGCCCCUUCGGAGAUCCAUUGUGACAGUGUCCCUAUGGCAAGGUAG